UGCGAGUGGGCCACCAUGCUCAGCGUCGUGCACUUCCUCCGGAGCUUCUUCAAGACUCCAGAGCCAAGUGUACACCUGCCAGGUGAAGGUGAGAUUGAAGACAAGGAGCUCCCCCCUUCUCCCACAGAACCAGAGGAACAGGGAUGGAGCCGGGAAACAGACCACGAUGAUUUUGAGACACUGUCCCACCAGAGUGAAAGUCAAUCAGACACAAAAACUGACCCCUUUGAAAGUGCUUCCGACACAGAGUCCCUGCCUGGUGACCUCCUAGGGGUAAUCUGCCUCACUCCAGAUGGUACCUCUGAGGACAGAGAAGCACGCAGGGGAUGCCGUGACACCCCAGCAUCCGGAACCCUUCAGGAGCAGCAUUCAACUGGUGUCCCUGGGCUUGACCCAAAGGAGGAACUAGAGCUGUACCUUGACUUCAAGGAAGAGCCCUACAAAAGUGGGGUACGAGCCUUUGCUGCAGUUGCUGGAGAAGUGAGGGCCGUGCACCUUCGGGAGGACGUGGCCGGCCCGGAGCGAGAGUCGCCGCUGGCAGGGACUGCUGACCACACACGGGGCUGUGCACAGGGGCCCACGGGCAGCUGCGGCCUCCCGCCAGCGAAGGCGGUGACUGGACAAGACCUCCGGGGGUCCUCUGGCUUUUCUCUUCAGAAAUCCAGGUCUGAGAGUUAUCUGGGCAUCCCAAUGGUCUGGCCCUUUCUUCUCUGGUGCUGUGAACAGGGCCGGAGCUGGCCGAAUAUCCACAACAGGGACGGGGAAACCCAGCUGCCUCUCACAGCCCCUCCGGGAGCCAGGACAGGGAAGGGAAGUACUCCGGGCCCCGCACUGAACACAGGCUUGCUCUGCUCCCAGCCCGGCUUUGAUGCCACCUGCCAGCUUCCUUUAGGGACAUCAUGCCUCCUACAUGCCAAGCUUUGCCAUAGCGCCCCAGAAAAGACCGAUGACAAGGGCAAGGCAUUCCCAAGGCACUGCCGCCAGCACACGACCACGCUGAACAGGGCCCAUUCCAUAGCAGAGUUUCCCUUAAGAUACUCUGAGGGUCCUCUAAGGCAGAACUCUGUGAAGUUUGGGAGCCAUCUGAAGGAAGCGACAGAAGCAGAACGGGCUCCAAGAACACAACACCCUCUUUACCCUGUGCCCACCCAACUGUCUCAUUUGCUUCCUGCUUCCCAAAGGAAGGUUCCUGGUUUGGAGGAUCAGUAUGAACCCAGGGCUCUUAGCUGGAAAAGGGCCUCUCAGGACACGCCCUCUGAAAGUCUCUGGCUGGAAAACCAGUCAGGACAGGACUCUAGGUCCUGCCCAGUCUCUUCAUGCCUUACUGCGGAGUUGGUGAGCCGCAAUGCAGAGGAAGUGCCGGUACCAGCCGAGGGCAAGUUGGGACACGGCCCAGAAAGCAGAACAGAGGAACCCCUAAGCGCUGGCCUGGCACCAAAUGCUGAGGACGUGAGUGAUAAACAGAAGCACCUUCAGGACAUUUCUGUUGAGGCAGGAAACCAAACCAGUCAUUACACAUCAAAGUAUAUCCUCAGUGAGAAAAGAAAGCCACCUGCUAGAGCCAAGUUCCCACAUCAUCCCAGCAAUAGCAGGUCACAGGUGUGCAACAAAGGCUGGGGGGUUUGCUCUGGAGUCAGCAAUCACUCAGAUGCUCCAGAGCCCACCCUGAAAUCAAGCACGACAGACACUUCAAAGGAAGCAGAAGACGUGGUGGUUGCAGACCCCAACUUCACGAGAAGUGCCUUGUGGGGUGUUUCAGGGGUCGCAGCAGUCACCGUGUCUCACUGCCCCUGGGGUGGUGAGGAGCGUGACCAGGGGCACGAGGGUGGUGCUGCACCCUCGGCAGAGGGCCUCGGGCUAGAGCCCAAAGCAGACACGUCUUCUAAGGGCACGCCCGUCAUUGUAGCUCUUGAGCAGAAAGGGCUGCAGGCCACCAGGAGGAAAGUGGGUCCUCUUCCCGAAACACAGUCCUGUGAGUUUCUGGAGGAGAGACCAGGGUCUCCCUGCGGUGCUGGAGCGACCCCACGGGUGGUUUCCCGGGCUGGGAAACCACAAACCUACGGCAAUGAGUGUGAGCUGCCGGCAGCCCUCGGACUGCGAGGUGACCACGAGGCUCUUCAGCAGGUGGCCCCAGCCGCAGAGCUUGCGAUAGUUCUGAGCCCCCAAUUGGCUUCGGAAGAGACGCCCCCGGGGAGGGAAGAGACGUCUUCCCAAGGGCGCGCUGCAGGGGGCCUGCUGAGCACGGGGGCGCCUGCGGAAGAGAACCCGCCGGGGCCCAGCCAGAGCUCCGGGACCCCGGCGGCCAGGGAGGAAGCUGCUGGGGCGCCCGGGGCCCGGGGCGCCGAGGACACGCUAGGGGUGCGCGCGGCGGAGGGUGGUGCGGACAAGCGGCCCGGCGCCCAAGCCCCUGCCCGCAUCCGUGCGCUCCGGCUGCCCGGACCGCCCCGCCGGCUCCGCCAGGCCUCGCGGGAGCCCGGGAAGCGGCUGGCGUUUCCCAAGGUGACCUCCUUACGGAAAGGCAAGCCCUCGGCCGCCCAGAGUCCGGGAGGGGGCCGCCCUGGGGGUUCUAACGGCCUCGAGGAGCUGUGCACGGACAGUCGGCCCCCGGCGGCCAGCGGGCAGAGCGCGUCGGGCCCGGUCAGGACUCCCCGCGGCGCGCACGCCAGCGCCUCUCCCGAGAUCGGCUUCCAGGGCGCAGGCCGAGGGCUCGCAGGGCCGACGCACGGGGGCCAUGUGGAGACGCGUGGGGACCUCGGUAGCAGAAGACAGUCCUCAGAAAGCUGCGACGCCAAGAGACUCAAAACCCCAGAGAAAAGGCUCAGCGCGAGGCUGGCCUCAGCUCAGAAGACCUUUGCAAAUUUUUUUGAGUCAAGAGUUUUAGAAAAAGAGAACACUGGUGAAUGUUGUCCAGGUUCUUUCAAGGACCAGAAGAAAAACAGCAGGCUGCACCAGACCUCCUGGCGCACAGUUCUGAAAAGCAAAGAUGCUGAAGGCCCCAAAAGGCCCUCCUUAGUGAGCCUGGUUACAGGACCGGAGAUCUGGAAUCUCCCCAGACCUUCCCCACUAGGCACCAGUAGCCACUGCGUGGAGCAGGCAGAGGACAAGGAGAGCUAUGUUUUUAGAGAUCACUGGACACUCCCACAUUCCCCCACACCUUUGUCAUCCAGCCAUGUGGUCUCUUCAGAUAACAGGAGAAAAAGUGAACCAACUGUCAAAUGUACAGGCACUCAGGAAGGUGGUAAAUACCUACCUUCAGGUAACUUUCCUGAAAAGUCUUGGCCUUUGUCACCCACCCGUCCUGGGAGGCAGCAGGCUGGGAUCAGCCACACCCUUCCCUCCAGCUCCACCUGUUGCCUGUUAUAUGGAAGCCAAGACGUGCCCUGUAAGCCCCUGAGCCCCAAGCCCCAGAGCCCCAGGCCUGGUGCCCAGCGGGUGGAUUUCCACUACCCUGGCAGGGGCAGGGCCAUCUCAGUGGUUUCUCUUGGAAGCUCCAGCCACGUGGAUAGCAGCUCAGAGGCCCCUGAAAGCCCCAAGACCUCCAAGGCCUGGACAAGCCUCCUACUUUCUCUGCAGGCACUAGACCAGGGUGAGCAGAAGAAAGAGAGCCAGAAAAGAGGCCAGCAUCCCUGUGGCCUGAGCACAGCACCCUCGCUUAAGGACCUUCUUGGGAGUGAGAACCACAUGCCGUGGGAAGAACAACCAGGCAAGAAGCCCAGUUGCUCCCGCGGUCUGAAAGCUUUUCACACUGAGCCAGCUCAGGGGCCGUUCUCCACUGCUGAGACGGGGACGUGGACCCUCCCCUUCGUCUCCACAGAGGACGUCCCCAGGGAGACUCCUUCACAACCCAGGAGCAUCUCUCAGCACUCACACAUCAGUUUAGAUGACCUGUGGCUGGAGAAGAUGCAGAGGAGGAAGUUGAAGAAGUUGGCCCAGUUUGAAAGGAAGAUGCAUGCAUGUAAAGAUGGAGUCCAAUGUUGGAGGAAGAUGACCAUUACCUCUCCAGAGUCUUUGAAUCUCCCUAGAAGAAGCCAUCCAUUCUCCCAGAGCGCCCCGAGAGGACUGAACCGCAUGGGCUGGCCAGAGGCCAUACCUGACAUUGUACUUUUAAUAUUAUCCCACCACCUCUGGCCUCCACAGCUUCUGCAGGGAAGUCAGCUGUUAAUCUUUCUGGGGUUCCCUUCCCUCCCUGAUGGAGCUCUGGACACGGCGCUCCGUGCGGACGAGGCGGGCAGUGAGGAGGAUGUGUACGAGGACGUGCACAGCUCCAGCCACCACUACAGCCACCCUGGAGGGGGCGGCGAGCAGCUGGCCAUCAACGAGCUCAUCAGCGAUGGCAGUGUGGUCUGUGCUGAGGCACUCUGGGACCAUGUCACCAUGGAUGACCAGGAACUGGGCUUCAACGCCGGGGACGUCAUCGAAGUAAUGGAUGCCACCAACAGAGAGUGGUGGUGGGGCCGGGUCGCUGACGGCGAGGGCUGGUUUCCAGCAAGCUUUGUGCGGCUGCGGGUGAACCAGGACGAGCCCGCGGACGACGAGGCGCUGGGGACCGGGCACGGCGGGGCCGGGGACGGCGGGGCCGAGGCGCAGAGCAGCAAGGACCAGAUGCGGACCAACGUCAUCAACGAGAUCCUCAGCACCGAGCGGGACUACAUCAAGCACCUGCGCGACAUCUGCGAGGGCUACCUCAGGCAGUGUCGCAAGCGUGUGGACAUGUUCAGCGAGGAGCAGCUGCGAACCAUCUUCGGGAACAUCGAGGACAUCUACCGGUGCCAGAAGGCCUUCGUGAGGGCGCUGGAGCAGAAGUUCAACCGGGAGCGGCCGCACCUGAGCGAGCUGGGCGCCUGCUUCCUGGAGCACCAAGCGGAUUUCCAGAUCUACUCAGAGUACUGCAACAACCACCCCAACGCCUGCGUGGAGCUCUCGCGCCUCGCCAAGCUCAGCAAGUACGUGUACUUCUUCGAGGCCUGCCGGCUGCUGCAGAAGAUGAUCGACAUCUCCCUGGACGGCUUCCUGCUGACACCUGUGCAGAAGAUCUGCAAGUACCCUCUGCAGCUGGCUGAGCUGCUCAAGUACACGCACCCCCAGCACAGGGAUUUCAAGGACGUGGAAGCUGCCUUACACGCCAUGAAGAAUGUGGCCCAGCUCAUCAACGAACGGAAACGGAGACUUGAAAACAUCGACAAGAUCGCUCAGUGGCAGAGCUCCAUAGAGGACUGGGAGGGAGAAGAUCUCCUGGUCAGGAGCUCGGAACUCAUCCACUCGGGGGAGCUGACUCGUGUCACACAGCCACAAGCCAAGAGCCAGCAGAGGAUGUUUGUUCUCUUUGACCACCAGCUCAUCUACUGUAAGAAGGACCUUCUCCGCCGGGACGUGCUCUACUACAAGGGCCGACUGGACAUGGAUGGCCUGGAGGUGGUGGACCUGGAGGACGGCAAGGACAGGGAGCUCCACGUGAGCGUCAGGAACGCCUUCCGGCUGCGCUGCGGCCCCUCGGGGGAGAGCCACCUGCUGUGUGCCAGGAAGCCCGAGCAGAAGCAGCGCUGGCUCAAGGCCUUUGCCAGGGAGCGGGAGCAGGUGCGGCUGGACCAGGAGACAGGCUUCUCCAUCACCCAGCUACAGAGGAAGCAGGCCAUGCUGAACGCCAGCAAGCAGCAGGCUGUCGGGAAGCCCAAAGCCCUCAGCCGGCCCUACUACCUGACACGCCGGAAGCACCCGGCCCUGCCCACCAGCCCGCCCCAGCAACGGGUCCCGGCGCUGGCAGAGCCCAAGCGGAAGCCGUCCACCUUCUGGCAUAGCAUCAGCCGGCUGGCGCCCUUCCGCAAGUGAGCCCACGCCCCGCCGCGGGCCUCCAGCCUUUCCUCCCCGAGGCGCACCGCAUCCGGCCUUCCUCUGCCUGUUACGCAAACCGGAGGGGGGGGGGUGCUCAGUGGCCCCAUUUUCGGUUUCCUCCCCACUACUGGGGCGCUGGAGACGCUGGCUGGAGAGGCAGGCCCCCAGCACGUGAACCUCCCGCCACCCUCUCGGCUUGUGCGGGGCCUCCUGGGGGCCACAGCUCAGAACCACCCACCAGGCCAGCACGUGUGAGAAUGCCGCUUUGGACCCUCUUCUCUGGACAUCUGGUCAUCGCUCCUGCUCCUGUCUUCUCUGGGCAGGAGACGUCUCUGCCUUCGGCCACCUGCAGAGCCAGGCUGUGUGCCCCUCUGCCCUCCCGUUCUCCGUGCAGGCCCCCAGCUGGUGGACCAGGCAGCCUGCGUCCCUGGUGGAUGGGAACCAGGAAUUCUGCCCACAAAAACAUCUGGCCCAGAGCCCACCCGUUUUCGCUUCCCAGUCCCCCCUCUAGACACUCCUGGCUGCUGGACACCCUCUCUUCACUUGUGAUGUGUUUGUGUAUAGUGGAAAGAAAACCAUAGUCAGCUGAAAACUUCUGUCAGGGUUUGUGAGCAGUCCACCUGUAGCUGUGGGGUGAUUCCAGAACCUGGUUCCAGUAUUUUUUGUUCAGAUUUUGUUUUUCUAACGGUAGAGAAGAAUUGUUAGUGACACAGAAAGAUUGCCUUACCCUAAGUGAGUGUGAGAAGCCAUAAGGACUGAAUUCUGUGGCCCAGCACCCAGGACUAUCCACCCAGAGGCUGGUGGGCAUGUGGGUUGGAAGGAAGCCCACAUCCCACAGAGGAGGGGCACCAAUGAGUGUGGCCAGGGCCUGGCUUGGGGCACGGAGCCGCCCCCGUGGCCCCUGGGAAUUCAGCAGCAUGUACAGUCACUCUUGCACUAUACCCUCUCCAAGCCAGAAACCACAUUUAAUUUCAUAAAGAAACUUGUGAAAAAUAA